GUCGGUUCGAUAAAAAUCGCCUCGACAACAUUGGGAGAGAGAGAGAGAGUGAGUUGGUGUAUGCGCCGGAGUGUGUGUGUGGGUGUGUGUGGGGCGGGUGGAGCCACGUUGGCAAUCGCCUACCUCAAGUCGUCAGAGGGGGGAGGAGGAGGAGGUAGGAACGACACACACACACACACACAGGGGCCCGGCAAGGAGCAAAGAGGAGAGAGAAAGGGAGGAGAGUAGGGGGGGUCCCGUUUCAGGAGUGUGACACAACACGACGACCAGUCAGUCAGUCAGUCAGUGAGCCGCUACGAGCUGGAUCGGAUGGUGUCUGAUCCGCCUCCAAUCUUCACUUGUUAUUUUUCCGUCUUUUUUUAGUUUUUUCUCUCCCCCUCCCGGCUCUGGCCAUCUGUUACGUUUGGAGACAUUCCGUUCCGUCCCGUCUCUUUUUUUUCUUCUCCCCAUCUUCUUCCGGCUCUCAUUUCCGGCCCUGUCAGCUGCCGCCAGUGAAAAAUCGCUAAUGAAAUAAUCCAGUCAGACAUGGACACUGCCGUUUAACAAAGUUUCGACUUGGAUCCGCCCGGAAUUGUCGCUCCUGGUUGGAUUGUUCCAAAUUGGGGUCCUUUUUUCCCCUCGGCUGGAUCGAAAGCGGAUUGGAAUUGUGUGCGGCCUGAAUGAGUAGUAGCGACAGAGUGACGAUCGGUCCGAGUGGAUUGAUGAUCGGCGACGACGUCGACGUUGGUGUCGGUGUCGUCCGCGGAGGCGGAGGCGUCGUCGAUCGGCGGACUCGAUGAAGUGCGGAUCAGCCGUUGAGCGCUACCUGGCCGCGCACGAGGUGGGCUGCUGCAGUUUGCUGGCCGGCACCAGUUUCAUCGUCUUCAUGACGCUCCUGCCGCUCAUCAUCGACCCCAGCGUCUUGACUUUUGUGCUGGACCUGGAGCCGGCCGCGUGCCUUACCGUCCACAGCGCCGCCCUCAACGGGACGUCCAACUGCACCUGGACGUCGUGCCAGCAGGGCUGCACCGUCGACAUCUACAAGUGCUGGCACGUCAACGUCUCCUACCUACUGGCCGAUCCGGCGCUGGCCGCCGAGCGGCUCCUGCCCGAUCCCUUCGUCUCCUUUUCCUCCUCGUCCUCAGCAUCGCUAGAGCCUUACCCGUCGAUGGCCAUCCAGCAGCCGGCCCGCCUUUACCCCAAUGUGGUGGGCUGCGGCUAUCCGCCGGACGUCGACUGUGACCAGUUUUUCCGCGACUACUCGCGGACGGACGCGUUCGAGCGCACAUUUCCCUGCUACGUCUCGAUGACCGAUCCCAGCGUGGCCGUCGUCCACGUCGAUCGCUUCCAGGCCGCCUGCCACCUGGCCGUCGGCUUCGCUCCGCUCCUCCUCUGCCUCGUCCUCAGCGUCUACGUGUCCCUGAGGCUGCGCUGCCAGCGGCGCAGUCAAUUGACGGCCAGGGCCGCCGGACUCAUUUCGGCCGCCGCCUUGGCCGAGGAGCAGGCCCGUCGCAUCAUCGAGUCUAAGCGCCGACUGGAAAGCCGCAAGCAAUCGUGGCUCAAUUCCUUCCGCCAGGAUCGCGUCACUUCCUCGACGUCUGUGGCCUAUUCGCCCACCUCCAGCUCGCCCAGCUCCGCCUCGUCCACUCGCGGAUUCGAGGCGGUCGCCGCCCAGUUUCCGGCUGUCAGCGACGAGUACGGGGCCGUCGCCGGACCGUCGCCCGAUCCUGCCAUCGUCGUCUCCGUCAGGAGGAAAGAGGGUCUGCAGCUGCAGUUGCAUCGCUCCGAUUUCCAGCAGCACGGCCAGCCACCGCUGAGACGGAACGCGACCGUUGAUGAUGGCGGGAGUGGUAGUAGUGCCGGCCAGUCGCCGUCGUCGUCAUCGGCGAUCCCGCAGGCAUCCGGCGAGCUGUCGGGACCCGUUAUUGCCUGUAUUAGCUCCGCCCUGCUGCCACAUUCGGUCCAGCCUCAUCACUACGCCCCGUUGCCCCUUGAUAGUCCAGAAGAGACGUGACCCCCCACCCCCCUCAAAACCCAGUCCAGGCGACAGCUGGGCACGCCCAGCCCAGUCUGAGGGAUUCUUUUGUCCAAUAAUUUGGUCUUGUUUCAAGUUUUCCUUGUCGAAAGGAUAAAAAGAAGAAGAAACGAAUGUUGUGUGACGCCGGGUGGCGGCGGCGGUGGAGGUGGUUGCAACAACAACAACAACAACCUCUUCUUUAAAGGGCCGGCGCGCUCCUGUUUUUUGGUGUCAGUCAAAGUCUCCAGUCCAGUGUCUGUUUGUUUCUUUGUUUCGGGACUCGUUAGUCCUCCUCGCCAACCGAAAACAAACAGUACCGUUGUUGUUGUUGCUGUUGCUGUUGUUGUUGUUGUCGUCAGAGCUUUUAUUACCACUUUGCUACAAAGUUACUACCAUACCAAUUGUUCCGUGUCCGGGGUUUUCUCCCCCAACUGUCCAGGCCGGACAAGAAAGGAGAAGAAGAAAAAACAUUUCUAAACUUAAACCGGCCUGGGAUUUCUUUUUAUUUCGGACCCAACAACAACAACAACUUUGAACUCGUCCGCAUACAACAGAGACGAUUAAGCGUUUUUCUCGUGUGUCUGUGUGUGUGUGUGCGCGCGCGCGCUGUUUAUGUGUGCGUGAGUUGUCCCGUGUAUAUAUUUCGGGAGGCUCGGUUGUUGUUGUUGUUGUUGUUUCUUUUUUGGGGGGAGGGGAUUCGACAUUUGAACAGCAACAAAUCAUUUCCCUUUUUAUUUAUUUAUUUAUCUACCGGAGAAUCACGAAACCGCACACAAAGAUGGCGCUGUUUGAUUUAUUUCGUGAUUUCAUCGGACGAACGAGGGUGGUUGGGGAGAAGAUGAAUGUCGAUGCUCGUCUGUUUGUUGUUGGCUUCUUUUUUUUUUUUUUGAAAUUUUAAGACAGAGGAAAAACAAAGGAAAAA